AUGUCCUCUAAGCGUGUUUCCGUGGUGGUCAUUGGAGCCUCCCAUGCAGGUCUAGCAGUCAGUCACAAACUACUGCGACAGGCCCCCGAGGUAUCGAUAACCUUGAUCAACCCAUUCGAUGAAUAUUACUUCAACAUCGCAGCACCUCGAUUCCUCGUCAAGCCGGAGAGCUUACCCUCGAGCAAAUAUCUCCUUGGCAUCCGUGACACCUUCAACGAAUAUCCUAAAGACUCUUUAACUUUUGUCAAGGGACUUGUCACCAAAAUCGAUUAUUCAAAGAAGUCGGUACUAGUUGCGACAAAGGCAAACUCCUCCACAAAAGACAAUGUUAUUUCGGUCGCAUUUGACUAUCUGGUCAUUGCAUCUGGUAGCACAACACCAGCUACACUUGGACAAGCCAGUCUGAAGCUUCCUUUCAAGACGACCGCAUUCGAAGACACCAGGAAAGCCAUUGCCGAAGCGCAGAAGAAACUCCAAACAGCCACGAGUGUUAUAAUCGGCGGUGCGGGCCCGCUGGGAGUCGAGCUGGCCGGUGAACUGGCGGAAGCACCAGGCUCAAAAAAGAUCAUCACUCUGGUCUCGAAGACCGGCUUGUUAUUGGAAGGCGCAACGGAAACUGUGCAAAAAACCGCUGAAUCUCUCCUACGACGCAAGGCUGUUGAGAUUUUGAAAAAUAUCACGGUCGACCAUGUGCAACAAAAUCCCGACACGAAGAAAUGGACGGUGACAAUGACAACCGGUCGGACGAUCUCCGCGGACGAAUAUAUCUCUACAACAGGGGUUAUUCCGAACAGUGAUUUUAUCCCAGCAAGUUUGUUGAACCAAGAUGGCUGGGUUAACGUGGACGAAAAUCUCAGGGUUGUAGAAGACGGAAUUAGUCGAAGUGACACCUACGCAGUCGGCGAUGUUACCUGUCAUCCUUAUCGACUCCUCUCCAGAGUCUCGCUUCAAGGUGCGACCGUUGCAUCUAAUAUUGUUGCAAGUAUUGCGAAGGAUGUUGACCGUACUACAUACUCCUCUGAAACUCAGAAGAGGAUGAUGGUUGUCCCUGUGGGACGGUCGACGGGGACAGGGCAUAUCGGUGGAUGGACACUCUGGGGUUGUCUUGUUUGGUUCUUCAAGGGCAAUGAUUUCUUGACUUAUGAGGCGCCAAAGUUUCUGCGAGGCAAAAUGUAG